AUUUAUCAGCGGGAAAUUCGUCAACAACUUCGCAGCUAACCAAGACAAGUUACCAUUUUCCUUUUUAUCAUGGAUUCAUCAAAACGAUCUCUCUAUAGACCAGCUCCGCUUGAAAAUUUCAACGCAAAAGAAGCAAGACCUUUGGCCCAAGGACGUCUCACUAAUGAUACUGUUCUUCCAGAUAGUCUUACAGUAUUUGCCUCACCCUCUGCAGUUCAUUCUGAUCCAGACACAGUGGCAAGAAUAUCUCACCAUACUUCAGGAUUCAAUGAAAGUUCAAUGACCCCACCUCGUCAAUCAAUGGCUAGUCUUAACAUCAGUCACCACACCCCGUCACUUUCAAGUGACAUCUCAACCUCUCUUCCAAGGAGUUCUCCAACUCAUCACUACAGGGUGGACAGGAGUUACCCCCCUCCGAGGUCCCCCUCCAAGCCCUCCCCUUCAGAUUUCCUGGAAUUGUCGGACUCGGACAGAGAGUAUCGUCAUAUGACUCCAGUUAGACACCAUCGUGCUUCACCCGGAUCUCCAGUCCUGGUGGUCGAUGCAAGCGGUCAUCGUUUAGGAGAGGGUCAAGCAGAGGUCGCAGUCAGUACAGCAAGUGUCUCAUCUCCAGCAAGGGUUGUCUGUCACACCCUGUCCAGCUUGGACAAUGACAUCAGAAACGCGGGAUACACAGAGGAAGCCGCCAGGGUACAUAUCGACUCGGUUCCCUCGGUAACGGUCCUCACUGACGCAGAUCCCGAUGAAGGGGCUUCCGUCGAGCUCGACCAGCGCACGCAGGGACGCUUCCCAGGGCAGAACGACGAAUCAUCCGUCAUCUCGCGGGAAUCGUCCAUGGCUGGUAAGUUUAUUUUCGUUUUUGUAAGUUGCCUUUCCCCUCAGUUUACCCGGUAGCCCCCCUACCUGUUGCCUGCAAGGGGCUUCCGGUUGGAAACUUGGCAAGGCUAAAUUUAGCAUUCCUGUGAUGUAAUACCAGCUCAGCCAUUAUGAAACACAAUAGUAUUAGGAGUUUUUUUUAUCAAACUCAUCAAUAUGUUUUCUAGGAAUUCUGUUUGUGAACUGCCAGUGUUUGACAGUGACCCCUUCUUCAAGAAUUUUCAAGAAGUGAAAGGUGAAUUCUCUUUAUGUAAACAAGCAUAUUGGUCAUCAUAAAUAAGUUGGUGAUUGUCAAUUCCUGUUUUGCUUACCAACUCUUGUUAGAUCUUGUAGUUGGUUAGCCAUAUAAAGUUUUAUAAUUUUCUGAUAUCUUCCUUCUUUUUUUUACACAAUAUCACUACCUUACUGCUCGGGUCAGUUUUUGGCCAGUGAAUAGAAUCAGAAUAGCCAUUUUGGUCGCCUCUGUCUGUAUUGGUUGUUAUUAUAUUGUUGUUGCUCCAACUAUUAUCCUUGCUGCUAUUACUCCUACUUAAGGGGCCAUCUCAUUUAAACCUAACUUACCUGGGGGGGGGGGUUCCUCGAUGAAUUUUGUCGACAAAAAUGAAAAUAAAAAGAUAGAAUUGCAAAGAAAUACAUAA